AUGUUGCAGACUCUCAACAAUGCAAGUGCGACGACACAACAACGACAUACUCAAAAUCUCAACUGCAAGAUUGUGCAUACGUCAUGGCACAUCUACAAUGUCUCGGAUGCACGGGACACGUUUCUCGAGAAGCCCGGCGAAUACCAGAGGCCGAAUCAGUGUAAAAGUUGGUGUGGCAUAGAAGUUGGUUACCUCGACCUUUUACCUUGGCGGCUUGAUGAGCCACCUCCUGCUAAUGCGACAGGGCACUUUGUCUUUGAAACUGUGAAUUCGUUACUCCAGCAUUGGCCAAACACACGUUAUCGGAAUGGCCAUGCAAUUGUUCCAGGUGUCAUUCCCAAAGGCACCUUGUUGUAUCAUGCAGCUUACAGCGACAAAAUCCCUGUGGUCCCUGAGUGGACGGCCAUGGAUCCGGAACACUCCAUGUACUUCUGCCGAGGCUCGCUCGAUACAGGAUGUCGGCAUUUGACGCUUGCAGCAACUCGUCCCCUCAAAGUUCUUUAUUUUGAUGGAAAUAGCGGGGGUAAUACCAAUAAUGGCACUAUGGACACUCAGGAUAUCAUUGCAUGGGGAGAGUUGAGAUCCGACUGGUGGUGGAACGACGAACAGCGCAUCACAGAUUUGUGCAAAUGGGGAGCGCCCUACGCUGUUGAUGGUUAUGUUCGCAUGGAAAUGGACUUUGAAGUCAUGCUCUGUGAUUUCACGGCUGGCCUGGAAGUCGUCUCCUGGUCUGACCUUGCCAGCCCCGUUACAGUUGCAAGCAAGUCUCUGUAUUUUCAUUUUCCUUACCUUAGCAUGUUCGAAGUGAUGCAUGCCGGGUCAUGGCGUAAUAGAUACCCUGGGGACACACGAGUUGACCUUGAUCUAGCUGGAAUAGUCUCACUAUACGACACCACGCUCGCACCGUCACUCGUUGCUUCACGCGCCGGCCAGGAGCGAUGUGACCACCGUGUACAAGUGGUCAGGCGUAGCGUCUCUCGCACGUUAGAGCGGCAUCAGAGCGACCUCAGUGGCAUCGACUGGAAAACUCUUUUCAGAGUUAUCGUGGACCGUUACUCAGGGCGCCUUGACUUGAUGGACCACCUUCUCAACCACACCUCGGAAAAUGACACGCUUCUGGACCAAGCAAGCAAGGUGCAUCUCCAACUGCGCGUGAUGCUCGCACCAUACAUCCCCCAUAAUAGUAUGCCCCCCAGCGCAUCCUAUGACUCCUGGGUAACGCCAGUAUUCAAAGCAUGCGGGACCGCGCACACCUCAUCUAUCGCAUCACAUAAGUCCGGCUUGAACCCUUCUGAACGUCUUCUGCUGCAUGCAGUGCAAGACACUACGCGCGAGAUAUGUCGCAUCGUUACGAAGAUGUGGGCCACUGGCGUCCUUGCAGGUCUUGAUUCAUAUUUCCCCCGUGAUUCAACUCCAGACACUGCGCAAAUUGUUCGCCUGAUAGAUACGUGGAGGCACGAAUUAAGUGCUUUGAUGGCAUGGCUAGAUUGGAGCGUGUGGGUUAGGUGUCGUCCAGCUUGCGGGCCCGAGGAAAUGUGCUACCUUCCUACUUGGCCCGUAAAUUCGCCAGGUGGUCGGCUAGGUCGUCUUCCAUAUAAACAUGAAGCAUAUGAGAGCAGCGAUAUCAUCAACGCGUCAUUCCCAGACAGAGUAUCUUUCGAGCACGGAUUUCUUAUACAGCCGGCGGGUUCGCAGGAUGAUGAAUGGAGGAAGCCCCACCCCAAGUGCAUUAGGCGAGUUGCGCCAUAUGCUUUCUAG